UACCACACCACAGUACAGUAGCCUACAGUGCUUACUUCAGUGCAGUGUGCCAGGCAACACAGGACGGAGCGGAGUUUGUUGCCAGAGAAUGGGUCGAGUCUCCAUCGCAGUUUGUUGUUUCCUUUUCCUGAUCGCCGUCGUUGGUGUACCUUUGGUGUUUCACAUAAGAGCCAACCGACCGCUGGAUACUCCUUGCCACGAGAAUCACAGUGUAGCUCUCUCCAACCCGAUCUUCCACGAGAACGGCUCAAUAGAGAACGACGGCGAUCUCUACCCCUCGGGUCACCACUUUACCCUGAACGGUACUCAUCGUGGCUGUUUGUGUAUGUUACACCCUUGUGUCAGGAAGUGUUGUGAUAAAGACGAGUAUUAUGUCCGAGUCCCCGGGAGUCGCGCUAAAUGUGUGCACAAUCCGGAGCCCUCCCCGUUCGAAAAUUUUUCUCUCCCUGUACACGAAGCGCCUGGAAAACGAGUGGAUGUCGACCGAGACCACUUCCGCCUGCUCUACGGAGACGUGUGUAGUCCCGGCAAAUACAUAUUGGAUCCGGAGGACGAGGGAGACCAACACUAUCUGCUGGUCGACGGUAGAAUCAACUUCAUGGACAGUGAUCACCUGGAGGUAUCCAACUACUGCCUGGAGUCUAUGAAUGGAAGUGACGAGAUCCGGACGUUUGUAUGUCUCCCUGAUUCUGCAGGGGAUGAGGUGACGAGAGCACAGCAGUUGUUGUAUCCCCUGGGAAUGAUUAUCUCUAUGCCCUGUCUAUUGAUCACUAUCGUAGUGUACUCUAUACUGCCGGCCCUACGGAACCUCCAUGGCAAGUGCUUGGUGUGUCAAUGUACUUGUUUGCUGUUGACCUACAUCGGCCUUACAAUAGCUUACCUCAAGGGGGGUGUUUUAGAAGACUGCUGGUGUGUGUUUAUAGCUUUUAUGAUUCAGUUCACGUUCUUGGCUGGCUCUUUCUGGUUAAACGUCAUGUCUUUUGAUAUCUGGUGGUCAUUCAGUGGACGAAGACCUGCCAGAUGGGGUAAAAAAGGAAUGGAUCAUAAGAAGUUCCUGUUGUACUCCCUGUAUGCCUGGGGAAUGCCACUAGUUAUUGUAACUAUCUCGGUUGCUAUAGACUUAGCUCCAAGCAUCCCUGACUCCAUCAUCAAGCCAGACUUUGGCAAAGCCAAGUGCUGGUUUGCAGAAUGGAAGGCAGCAUUGCUCUACUUCUACAUUCCCUCUGGGGUCAUACUAGUCCACAACUUGUACAUGUUCGUCUCAACAGCACUGACAUUACACUCUUACACCAAGAAGGGUCGUGAAAAAGUCAGGUUUUAUCUGUAUCUGAAACUAUUCAUAGUCAUGGGUCUUAAUUGGACUUUGGAUAUUCUAUCUUUUCUCAUCGGCGGCCCCGAGUCAUUUUGGCUGGUCACUGACUUGUGCAAUACUUUACAGGGACUGGCGAUCUUCUUCUUCUUUGUUUGCAAAAGUGAUGUUUUACAAAAGUUGAAACUACAUUUAUGUCCCAGCUGGAGUUUGCGAAAAUCUCAAGAAUAUUCCAAUAGUGUGAGUACUUGUGGUGAUGAGACCAAGACUGAGAUUGAUAUAUUGGCUCUUAAAACUUUAGAUGAUGAUGAGAAGAAUAAAUACAAAAAUUAAGCAGGCAUAUUUGACUGAAGUGACUACUGAUGUCUGUUUUAGUCCUGCACAUUUCAUCAUUGGCAAGGACCUGUUUGCGAUGAGUAUUUUGUUGUGAAAGCCAGGAGUAUAUAUUUGUAAGGUUUUAUAGUGGAGUGCCCCUAAACUCAUCACACUUCAAAUGUAUUUAUGCUAUAUAUAUACAACACACGACAAGUGAUGUAAACUAUUAAUACUAACUUAUGCUUAUAAAAAGGAUCAAUUCAUUACUUCAAUACAAGUUACAAGUACUUCAAUACAAGUUCUUUAACAAGAAACAUUAAUUAUUUUUACCCUUUUCAAUGACCUUGUAGAAUUCCAAAAUGUCGGUUAACCGAAAAUACCCCUGCCAAAGCUAACCUGCAGACUAAGAAAAUUUCCAUUUAUCUGGUUGGAUUUUCAGUAAAAUAUUCCUUUAAAAUUGACAAGAUAGUUUUACAUUUAAAUAACAUGAAUUUUAUCUAGUACUUAGAACUUUGCUGGGAGGUAGUAGUGUUUUUAGCAAAUUUCCCUAUAGGGAAGUAGCUAUUACCGUAGGUGGGACCUGGACACGGGACCAAUAUACUUUUUCUUUUUAAUGUCCCUAAGAAGUCAAAAAACACUAUUCAUUAAAAUUUUUAUACGUGUAAAUAUAUUUACGUCCGUAAACGCAAUAACAAGAGUAAUUUUUGCCUGCUUUUGAUGAUAUUUGGAUUUAAGAUGUAGGGCGGGAUAAACUUAAAAGAGUUCGCGAACCGGCAUGAUCGGACCAUGGGAA